CAACAUGUCCUCCAAAGCUCAGAGCUAUUAUGGCGGUGCUGAUGGGGGGAGAUAUCUACUCAAGUUUUCUAAGGAGGGUGUACAUUGUUCAAUGAUGCACAUAGAGGUGUGUAUACAGUACAGACUAGUUAACUUGUGAUAGAGCUAUGGCCUCUCUCAAGAUGUUAGUGAGACGCAGGUCCACAGCAGUGGACCAGUACAUACAGAGAAUGAAACAAUCCAACAGUGCUGGCGCCAGUGGUGGUGGAGAUGUAAAGACACUUCGAUCUCAGCUGCACACGCGACGUGUGGAGCUCAACACAGAGAUUGAGAAGGAGGAUAGGAUUGCUGAUGGUUCAAGAAGGUUGCUGGGUGCUACUAGAAACACACACACAAAGAAUCAAGCAGCCUUAGAAAUGAGUUUCUCAGAGUCCAAGAUCAAAGGCCUUCAAAGUGAGCUAGGCAAGAUCAAUAGCUCCCUAUCUGCCUAUCAAGCACCGGGCUGUGAUGCCACUCAAGUACCGAUCAUCCCAUUGGCAUUCAAAGCAACUCACAAGAUAUGCUUCGAGGCUUCAUUUCGAAAGAUAGCUGCUGCCCACUAUCAUAUCGACCCCGCCACUAUACAAGAGGCCAUUCAAACUUUUCAGGAAUUACGAAAUAGUGUGAGCGCUGUGCCUCGUACGGAGGAGGGAUUGAGGACUUUGUUAGAAUAUAACAGCCAGUUGAAACAUGCCUCAAAGAGGUUCAUCCACCCUAAGCUAUCACAUGGCCUGUCCUUUACCUGGUAUGAUGCCAUCAAUGGACGUCCCUACCAGCAGCAAACUGCCGUGUUUGAGAGAGCUUGUGUGCUGUUCAAUGUAGCUGCCCUCUACUCUCAACUAGCUGCCAAAGUGGACAGGGAAAGUCAGGGCCUCACAAAAGCUGUAGAUCUGUUGGAGAAAGCUGCAGGAAUGUUUGAGUAUGUAAGAGACAAAUUUUCCCAAGCCCCCUCUCCUGACCUCUCCACCGAGAUGCUGUCCAUGUUAGCUGACCUUAUGAGGGCACAAGCUCAGGAGUUGGUGUGUGAUUCUGUGCACGUGGGGAGUGAGCAUAUUGACCACGCCCACAAGGCAAAGUGUGUGGCCGACUGCUACGCUCCUGUGAGGGAGUUCAUGGAGAGGUCAGAGGUGAAAGGUUACCUCCCAGACUGCUGGGUAAUGCUAGUCAAGAUCAAGGAAGCUCAUUAUAAGGCCCUGUCCCAUUAUCAUGCAGCCAUGGCUCAUUGGACUGUUGCUAACGUCCUGUCUGACGGUGGGAGUAUUUCAGAGGAGCUGCGUACAGACUUGCACUUCCUGUACAUACAGAGUCCUCCUGAGCUGAACGAUAACCUCUCAUCCGUGCACAUUGGACUCGUGCAACGUCACCUCAACUGUGCCACCCUCUCUCACGAGUUUGCUCUCAAGUUUCACAGCCUCUGUAGAGACCUCCAUCAUAUUGAACCCCUCGCUAAGAUGUUGGCUGAGGCUUCAGAAAUCACUUCGUCUCAGAUGGCUGAAGCCACUCAAUUGACCGGCGACACUUUGAUUUUACCCUCUCUCCAAGCGUCUGGUAUUGCCGUCCACUCCCAGCCACCCAAUAUGUUGUCUGUGAGAGUGCCUGACUUGUUUCGUGUGUUAGGACCCCUCCCACUAUUCUCAGCCGACCAUCAAUGGUCUCCUCCGCGUAGCGUGAGGUUGGACAACACAAUACAAUCUCUUGGAUUAUCCAUACGCAAGUGUCGUCCUGUGCUGGUGUCCCAAGUGGAGGGGGGCGGGGCAGCAGAGGCUGCUGGAGUGAGAGCAGGGGAUUGGAUAAUGAGUGUGAACAGAGAAAGCAUUGUGUACAGCACACACGAGCAAGCGGUGGAGAUCAUCAAGUCAAAUACAGAGUCAGACACUCUAGUACUGGACAUCUGUACACCAAAAUAACAUUAACACAAUUUGUUUAAUCAGUUGUGUUUUUUUAUAUCAAUUUUAUGAGUGGACAUUA